AUGGCGGCGAAAAAAGGAAAAGGAGUGGCGAGGGCGUCGCGGUUCACCAGGGCACUUUUGGUUUGUAUUGCCGCAUUUCUUUUGGUGACAUUGUUUUUGCUGCGAAGCCUGGAGAGCUGGGAUGGCCACGCAUCCUCGUCAUCGGCAGCGGCAGCAGAAGGUGGACUCUCACAACCGACGCCACAUGCGCGACCACCAGGAAGUGUGACGAGCGGAGAAAAUGCACCCGACCACGCGAAGAUGUCAAGGCCGGCCGGUACUGAGGCCAUGGAUGACGAUGGUACGCUGGUGCCGCUAAGAGACAUCCCACCGUCGCCGUAUUAUGCGUUUGGCCCACGCAUCAUGCCUCGAGCAUUUCUGCGUAUUUUACAAAAUUCUUCACGACGCAUUAACAAAAAUUGGAUUCGCUCCAAAUUCAAUCGGUAUGACACGGCCAACAUCUCAGACUGUGAUGUCGUAACACCAGAGUGCGGCUUGCACAAAUACCUCAUUAAGCGUACUGGGGAUGAUCUCAAUGCGCGACCCUAUCGAAAGUGUUGUGUGGAGCACAAGGCUCUUCUUGAGACAAACGUAUGGGUGGUAAGGAAAUUGAAUUCGGCGAACAUAACGUACUUUCUCUCAACAGGUACUGCCCUUGGAGUGCGGAGACACGCAGGCUCUAUUAUCCCGUGGGACACAGACGUCGAUAUCUCCGUUUAUCCAGGCAAUGAGAAAAAGGUGGAGCAGCUUUUUCAGAAUAACGGAGAGCAUUAUUUUCGGAGAGAUUGGAAGGGAAGAUUCAUGUUUUGGGUUUAUCAUUCGAAAGAUGGGAAGCCUCAAACUGGACCACAUGUGGAGAUUUUCUACGACCCCGUUUACACGCGUUUUCCACACCUGUUGCUUCCACUGGAGGAUUGUGUCUUUUACAGUGAACCCGUGAAGUGCCCAAACAUAAAACAAUUCCAGGAGUGGUUCCCGAGUGGCUGGACCGUUUACAGCGGAGCUCAUUAUCACGGCCCCGAGAAGUGCAUUAUUUAUGUGAAUGGCAUGAGAAGAGUAACUAAGCGGUGUUGA